GGCUGCGGGUUAACUGACGUCACUUGUGUAGUCAGAUCCGCCUUGCCGGUGGGCACCACAAAUAGAUACCUGAUGUCUAAGCCGUGUAAACAUCGCGUUCGGACAACCCAAAACAGUUUUACAUUCGUCUUUUAAAGCCAAAUUAUCAAGAUAUGGGCACGAUUAAAAAGGACAACAGGCUAACAAGUUCGCAAAGCUUCUCGUGCGUCGGCUUUGCAGGUUUAUUCAGCAAAAGCGCCACAUCGCCUUUGGAAGUGGUGAAGAUUAAAAGUCAAGUGGGAACAUUUCACUGCAAAAAAGGUUUCGGACAAACUUUUCUCAUCAUCUAUCAAAAUGAGGGAUUCAAAGGCUUUUGGAAGGGGAAUCUUGUCUCUUGCCUUCGCCUGUUCCCUUACACCGCAGUCCAUCUGACAACCUACAGAAAGAUAGUCCACCUUCACAUGGACGAACUGGGCUUCAUCUCCCAGGCGAGAGCCAUCGCUGCGGGCGGGCUGGCGGGCGUGGCCGCCGCCCUGGCUACGUACCCCCUGGAGGUUGCUGAGACCAGGUUGAUCGUCCAGAACAGCAGGGAGCCUUUGUAUGCUGGCGUUGUUCACACACUGGCCAAGAUCCACAGCACUGAAGGCCUACUCGCGCUCUACAGGGGCUUUUCCCUCACUGUCUUAGGAGCCUUUCCCUUCUCCCUGGGAUGCUACGUGGUGUACACAAACGUGGACAAAAUGUGGCAGGAGCCUCCUUUCCGCUUCUCGCCUCUCCAGAACUUCAUAAAUGGUUGCCUGGCAGCAGGAGUGGCACAAACGCUCUCCUACCCCUUUGAGACUGUCAAACGCAAAAUGCAGGCGCAGAGUUCCCGACUACCGCAUUUUGGUAGCGUUGAUGUGCAUUUCAGCGGCGUGACCGACUGUUUUGUACAGGUGGUCAAAAAUAAGGGCGUCCUCUCGCUCUGGAGUGGCCUUACCGCCAAUACGAUAAAGAUAGUGCCCUACUUCGGCCUCCUCUUCGCCUGCUUUGAGCUCUGCAAGCAGAUUUGCCUGUACCGCAACGGCUACAUCGUGUCACCGCUGAGCUACACGCCAGCGCCCGGCGUGGACCAGAGCCUCAGGCCGGCCGAGCUGCAGGAGGUCAAGCGCUACCUGAAGAAUAGGGGCUUUGGAGCAGCCAGCCAAUCCACCAUUGGAAACCGCUGGUGAAAAAAAUCCACGGAGGAGGAAAAAUCCUGAAUAUCUUCUGACAGUGCAAAAAUACACCUGUACAAGCUCAUACGAAAAACAAAAUGUGCCUUUACAGUGAACCCCUGUUUAUCACGAGGGAAACGUUCCAGACCCACCCAUGAUGAAAAGAUUGAUAUAGAGAAACCACUUAACAUUUUUAUAUAGUUUUACCUCUCCUACACAUGUGUAUGUAUACUGUAUAUACACACAGUGAAAACCCACAAAACGGUCACUUAUUAAUCUGUUGUGUUUUGAAAGGUAUUGAUUAAUACAUUUGUUAUAUGGCUUUUUACAAAGUGUAUGCUAUCUUACAAAGGGCCCUACUGUAUUUAUUUAUUGACUCUGAUCCAUUUUUACACAGCUUCUAACUUAUUUGCUCAAUUAUGCUACUUUUUGUCAUUUUAAUUCAAUGGGUUACCUUUUGUUAUUUCUCGAAAAAAGAGUAACUCUAUGUGUCAGUCUAAAACUAAGCAUGUGUACAGGCAACAUUUGAUCUCACUGAUGUGUCUAUACUUCGGAAACAAUCCUCUGCAAUAAUUGCGCUAUUAUAUGAUGCAUUCUACCUCUUUUCCUGUCAGUGUUAUAAAGAAGAAAGUACCGUUAUGUUUUGUUUAUAUACCAUUUCGCAGACUCACAAAGUGCUUUACAUGAAAUGCAGUCACGAACAGUACAGUCACUGCAUCAACAACUUCUCAAAACAAAUAAGUCCUACUAUUUUCAGCUGUGGUAUGCGUUUAUAACCUCCUUACAUCAAGGAGGUUUUAUCUGUUCAGUGCUGUAUUAAGAAGAUUACACACAACCCACACACCCCCAAUCUUCAUCGAAAAUAGUUAAAUGUCGGCAAAAGUGCCCUUAAUGCCUUCUAAUUUCUAUAAAUAGUGAAGUGCACAUUUCCACAUCUUUUGUCUUAGCUACUUCAAAAGGACUAUUUUAUAUCUUACUGUGCCUUAAUUGUUAUUUGGGUUAUCGUAGCACAUACAUUAAAAUAAACAAUGCUCUUUAUUGCUGUAAAUGGGGCCUCGAUGAAUAUUUGAGACUGCUGUACAAUGUGUGCGAUAGGACGUUUUGAAAUGAAAACUGAUGUUUUUAUUAUGUUUUGCAAGAAACAUAAUUUUCAUUUCAGGACUGACGUUUAUUAAAGCAAUGAUUCCCCACCA